AUGAAUUACAUGUUAUGCGUCAAGAAGACGAAGUUCUUGUGCGGUACACGAAACGGAUCGAUUUCUUUCAUUGCAGCUAUAAUUUCAGUGCAGAAGCUGAUAUUGAGCAAUGUAGUGAUUGUGGUGGUGCUUCAUUCGUGCAUCUACCAGUGAGAACGCUGAGCACUUCUGAUAUAACAUGUGUUGAUUUAAGUCAUCGGACGAAGUGUUUCGAUGAAGACGUGGAAUGCAACAUUUUAGCAAACAUACCUUACAAACAAUGUGAGGGAUUGAGGGGUAUUCCAAUACGUGAAAGUGAAGGCAUUUCAAGCGAUUUAUUUGUUAAGGUGCUUACAGCAAACAUUACAACGCUCAUGAACCAAACAGUUGUGUCACAACAAAUCGUUGCACUUUGUCCGAGAUGUCAUUUCUUUGGUAGACCAUACCAUUCAUCUAUGGGCACAUGUGUUCAAAAACUUCACACAAUGCGUCCUGGUUGGCCAAAGCAAUUUCAGUGGUGUGAUUGGUAUCAGCCUUCUAACAAUUGCAUCUGGGAUUGA